CCCCAGGCCAGUUGGGAACAAUGGCCAAUGGAACUGGAGCUGCCAACUGCAACACCAGCUCAGACUGCCCCCACCAAGACCCCCAAAUUGCCUGCCCCCUCCUGCCUGGGAACUGCCCACCACCACCACCCUCACCACUCACGACCCAAUCCCAUCCAAGGAACAUCAAUGCCCCUUUCAUCCCCACUUGGCAGGGUCUAUUGGAAAGGAGGGCCCAAGAGGGAGGAGGUGACCCAGAGUAGAACCGGUCAGGAUCAAGCCCAGCUUUCAGCAGCCCCACAUCUAAAGGAUCUCCCCUAGAUCCCCCAAUUUGGAGCACCCAAGCUUUCCUCCAUUCCUUUCCCCCACUCCCUUCAUAACUAUUUACCCAGAAACUGGCACAGAAGCUGGGUACCCUGGCUCCUCUCCUAGUCCCCUCUCCCCUCUGGAUGUCAUAUUAACACUCUCCCGGCCAAGGAAAAGCCUGCUGGAAUUGGGACUGUAGAUAAAGAUGCAUACGACAGAAGAGAGAUUUCUCCAGCCCGACUGCAACUGGGGGAGAAAGAGAGCCUAGGGGGCCCUGAAGUUCGUUCAUCUGUAUGGUUUCCAGCCAGAGAAAAGGCCAAAGAGAAACCCCUUCUGAAAGAAGAAACAACACAUUUAGAAAAAACUGAAUAAAAUUAUAGCAUUACUUUAAAAGAAAAGUCGGGGGCUGGAAUUCCCUGGCGGUCCAGUGGUUACUCAGUGCCUUCACUGCCGGGGCCGGGUUCAAUUCCUGGUCGGGGAACUAAGUUCCCACAAGCCAUGCGACGCAGCCCAAAACAAACAAACAAAAAAGGAACAUCCUUGACCUGCACAGAAAAUUAUCUAGAGUCUGAGGCUCAACCUCACCCUGACCCACCCAGAUGUGUGACCCUCCAAGGCCCGUGCUCUUUCCACGUGGGGCCCAACUUUGGAAGCCACUUAAGCUCCUAUUACACCUGGUCUGCCAAACCCAGCGGGAUUCUCCAUGUUGGUCACGAACCUGGGCCUGGAGACUAGAAAACAGGACAAUGUUGGACUGAUGUCAACCUGUUUCCAUUAACUCCUUCCCUGAGCUCUCCUCAGCUUUUGUUGAGGGACAGAGCAUAAGGCAAUUUGAUCAAGACCCAGAGGACUGGGUCAAGCGGGGCUGAAACCAUGAGGGAAGCUUGAUCACCUGCAGAGAUCAGGAGGUUGGCAACAUGCUCAAUGCAGCAUGCAAGUUGACCAUGGCAUCAGAAGCAGAAAGAACAUUCCAGCGGUUUGCUGUCUUUGGAGGAUCGUCAAGCAGUGGCACUGAAAUGAACAACAAGAACUUCUCCAAGCUGUGCAAAGACUGUGGCAUCAUGGAUGACAAGAAGGUCACCUCCACUGACGUGGACAUCGUGUUCAGCAAAGUCAAGGCCAAGAAUGCCCGAACCAUCACUUUCCAACAGUUCCAGGAAGCAAUGAAAGAACUGGGCCAGAAGCAGUUCAAGGGGAAAAGCCCGGAUGAAGCCCUGGAGAACAUUUAUAAACUCAUGGAGGGCAAGGAGCCAGCUACCACCGGUGUUACUAAAGCAGUGACGGUGGGAGGGGUGAGCCACCUGACGGACACCAGCAAGUACACGGGCACCCACAAGGAGCGCUUUGACCAGAGCGGCAAGGGCAAAGGCAUCGCGGGACGGGAGGACGUGACUGACAACUCAGGCUACGUGAGUGGCUACAAGGGUGCUGGCAGCUAUGAUAAGAAGGGCAGCAACUAGGGAGUAGCGUCAUCUUAGCCUGCCGGCCCUCGACCCUGCAUCUUUAACACCGGGAAGCUUGGGGGACAAUAAACAUCUGUGU